GCCCGUCUGUUGUUUCUCGAGCGCUUCACUCUUGCUUGAUUGGACUUCUCAGGCUGGACUUAGAGGACUACUGAGAAGGUCUUGCUUCUCCUCCGUCAUUGCCGCUCUCCAACGAAAUCAGCAGUGGAAAUAAAAUAUGGCAGUUCCCUUCCUAAAACAGGUCACGCUACUCUUGUUGUAUUCAAGGCUUUGUUACGCGCGCACACUCUCCGGAGCGAACAAAGCUGAUUCGAAAGGUGAAAAUCAUGUCGAGGUGGAUCUUCUUAGACAUGGUUUACCAGAGUUGCUGUUCGCUGAACAUGAAAUCAGGCAGGACUCAAACUGUGAUUGUGGACAAGAUCAUCUCGAGCCUCAUACUGAAGAUGGACCACUUCCCUGCGACUUCAGUACUUUAAGAGAAGAUCGUCCUGUACUUCUCUGUGGGAUUGAAGCAGCAGACAAGACCAAGGAUUAUCGGAUGGAUCACAAAGCAGUCCCAAAUCUUGGUCGCAACUUGUUCAGAGAAAGCAAGCUUGAAAUUCUUCAAAGGCUCCCACGAGACACUCCGGUUCCGCCCUCCGGCCCCUCCGGCCCGAAUAGAGGAGCGAGUGACGGGCCAGGUACUCUCUGAAAAUACGUUGAGGACGAAUUGUAUACCAAGGCAUUUUAUUGCAAGGUUGUAUAACCCUGGCUGAGAACUUCACCAUCUGAGACUUAAGGUGGCAUGUAUGCAAGCUAUCCUGUACAUAUUUUGUGCAUCGAAUAUAGACCAUAUAUUGAUGUUGUGUCUUUGUAUGCACCUUAUCCAAUAUAGGAUAUCAGGAAGUAAUCGAUUGAAAUAUUCCCACUCAAAUCUUUCUGGCUCCCCAAUUUGCACAUCAGAGCAAGGAUCUAUCUGUUGCACUAGUUUUAUCCAACACUACUUUGUACUAGCACUGGUUGCUUUUUUCAGGGAUUUUGAGAGUACAUUUAAUAUGGUAGUUGAUCUGUAUUUUGAAAUGUAAACAUUCAGGUAAGAUAUC